UGCAGAACAAAUUCCGCAAGUGGGCCUAUUGGUUCUGUUUUGUUUUCCUUCUAUCAGAUACACGUGUGUUUGUUAUGGAAUAGCGAAGGAAAAACGUUGAUUCUCUUCCAUGUUAAAAAUGAGCUCUUUAGCUUCCCGCACCAUUUGGGGUUUCGAAGUGAUGUUUUUAAAGUCUACUAUCAGAAAAUGUAGUUCGUUUGUGAGACCAAAUGAACUCCCAAACCUUCCUGGUACCAUGUCAGCCUGGCAACUUUAUGGUUAUAAAGGACUUGAAUCCUUGAAAUUGGUAAGUACUGUAGAGGUACCCCCAAUAACACAACCAAAUGAAGUAUUGGUCAAAGUCAAGGCAGCAUCCAUCAAUUCACUUGAUGUAAUGAUGUCAGAGGGAUAUGGUCAGCAACUUUUUGAAAAUUACAGCUAUCUAAAACCUAGUAGGAUCAGCCAGAUUACAAAAACUCAUCUUCCUUUAACCCUUGGAAGAGACUUUGCUGGUGUUGUUCAAGCAGUUGGUGGAGCUGUGAAAAACCUUCAGCUUGGUGAUGAAGUUAUGGGUAUCAUUCCACCUCCACAAGCAGGAUCACAUGCUGAGUAUCUUGUAACCUCAGCAAGUAACAUGAAACAAAAGCCAGGCAAUUUAACAAUGGAAGAGGCAGCAUCACUUCCUUAUGCAGGCUUGACAGCAUGGUCAGCACUUAGUAUUACAGCUGAGCUGUGUAUUGGCUCAAAAGGUAAAAAGGUGUUGGUGAUGGGAGCAGCAGGAGGAGUUGGCUCAAUAGCCAUCCAGCUUUUGAAAAACUGGGGAGCAAUAAUUGUUGCAAGUGGCUCCUCAGAAGUGAUACCUUUUCUUAUAGAAUUAGGAUCUGACUUUGUAAUAGAUUAUACCUCCCCUGAAGCAGAAUCGGAGUUGUAUCAGUUUGGCGGGUUUGACGUGAUAUUAGAUUGUACAGGUCGUACUCACAACUUCAAUUACAGUUUUUUGAAACCAUGGUCUAAUGCCAAGUAUGUGACUUUAUCUCCGCCUACGUUACGGAAUUUCGACGAACAUGGUAUGAUUGGCGGAAUGAUGAAAAAUGGCUUGGACUUGCUGGCUGCGAACUCCUCAGCCAUAAUAGAAGGCAAGACAUUGCGAUGGGCUUAUUUCGUCCCAAGCUCGUCGGCUCUUACAGAAUUGGUCGAUUUGGCUCGAAAUAAAAAGCUUCAGACAGCAGUGGAUAGUGUGUUUCCCUACGAACAGUUACCGGAGGCUUAUGCUAAAAUGAAAGCAGGUCAUAAGCGUGGUAAAAUUAUCGUUACAAUGUAGAAGUGGUUCCGGUCUUUGGGUGUUGGUGAUAGUAUGAACAAAUGAAAAAAGCUACGGUUAAA